AUGUCAUACAUAACGUCAUCCAUAGUGACACUUUCACUUUUAACAGUGGGUGGCUAUAUGCUAUUCACAGGAGCCGGUGAAUCAUUUAAUAUUGGUGAAUUUUUGGAAAGCACAUCACCAUACAUGUGGUCAUCAUUAGGAAUUGGAUCAUGUAUAUCAUUUUCAGUAGUUGGUGCCGCUUGGGGUAUUUUCAUUACUGGGUCUUCUAUCAUUGGGGCUGGUGUCAAAGUACCACGAAUCACAACCAAGAAUUUAAUUUCCAUCAUUUUUUGUGAGGUUGUUGCCAUUUAUGGUUUAAUUAUGGCAAUUGUUUUCAGCGCUAAAUUGGCAAGUGUUGAUAAAGAAGCUUUGUUUUCUAAGGAGAAUUUGUAUACUGGCUAUUCAUUAUUUUGGGCUGGUUUAACUGUUGGUAUUUCGAAUUUAAUUUGUGGCAUUGCUGUGGGGAUAACUGGGUCUACUGCUGCUGUGUCUGAUGCUGCGGAUAGUUCGUUAUUUGUCAAAAUUCUUGUGGUUGAGAUUUUCGGAUCAGUAUUGGGAUUGUUUGGAUUGAUUGUUGGACUUUUAAUGACUGGUAAAGCACAGGAAUUUAGUUGA